AUGUCGUCUCGCACACCGUUUGGCCAACCGGCUAAUCACCAGGUGAUCAUUGACCUGACUGGGGACAAUGAGAAUGAGACCGAAAACAUUGCACCUGGCACAAAUGCUAUCAACCAGCUUAAAGAAGAUGCAAUUUCUGAAGCACCUUUAGCCGCCACCCUAACUCACCGGAUGCCAGUACUGCCAACAAAGAGAAAAAGCCUAGCAAGCUCUGAGCAGUCUGAUGCUUCUGACAGUGAUGUCCCGCACAAAUUUCUGCACCGGGUACCUCGCGUCUCGCAUGCUCACCCCACUACACCCACCCCUCCACCUAUGCCCAAGUCUCAGUCGCAAUUCAGCGUGGUGAUUCCUUCGCCAACUUCAACUCAAAAGCGACUGAAUGCUGUGGCGGAGCGGAACGCAAUUAAGGGAACAAAUGAGCAGAUCUUCCCAAUAGACGCAGAAGAACGGAGAGUCGCUCAGGCAGCAUACCCUAAGUCGCGGGCACCAAUCGACCGCCGUUCUACCCCGUUGUCCUUCAUCUCUAAAACAAACAAACCACUUAACCUCUCACCCACUACCUCGAAACAGCACCUUACCGAUAUCCGAGCUAAUCUUGAGAAGAAGCUCGGCCAAAUCAAUGGGCCACCAGUCACCACUGCAGUGCAAAGCCCCAAACUUCUUGCCAAGCUAGCCGACAACUUUGAAUUCACGAAUGAUUACAUUGACCGCCCAGGUGUCGUUCGCGUUCAGAAAGAAUACAAUUAUGGCUGUGCCUGCGUUGGGAGCUGUGACACUUCCUCAUGUGGCUGUCUAGAUCAAGAAAAGGAUAGCGAAGACCGAAUCGUUCCUUAUGGGAUUUCUUCCGCCGACCCUAAGUUAAUUGUGGCGUCCCGUGAGUUCCUUAGCCGUAAGGCUAUGAUUAUGGAGUGCAACUCACUCUGCGGUUGCAAUGGUAAGGGAUGCUGGAACCACGUCGUCCAGAAGGGAAGGACCGUUCAGCUUCAAAUUUUUGACGCCGGAUCACGAGGUUUUGGCCUCCGUUCACCUGACCCGAUUGUUACCGGACAGUUCAUCGAUCGUUACCUUGGCGAAGUUAUCACUAAGGACGAGGCCGAUGACCGUGAGAACCUUACUGAAGGGUCCCACAACCAAUCAUACCUCUUCUCGUUGGACUGGUAUGUCGACGACGAUGACAGCGAGGAACAAAUGAAUGUCAUUGAUGGGCGCAAGUUUGGAUCGGUUACUCGCUUCAUCAAUCAUUCUUGCAACCCCAACUGCAAGAUUAUUCCGGUGCAGACUACCUCCCACGCCGAUAACAAAGUGUACACCCUUGCAUUUUUCGCCCUUCGGGACAUUCCCGCCGGCACCGAACUGACCUUCGAUUACAACCCGGUGUCCGAGGAGAGCGACGACAGUGACGACAGCGAUAACAGUUCCGAAGACGGCAUGGGACGGAAGAAGCUGGAACCUGAGGCGGUCCGAUGCCUCUGUGGAGAGACCAACUGCCGCGGGCAGCUCUGGCCCAACAAACGCAAAAGCCAAAACACCAAGCCUUAA